AUGGCGCAUGCCUACUUAAAGGUGCACGGGGAUAUUUGUUUUCUGGACAUCCAAUAUACAAGUUUAACCGACAUGUUACUUAAGAAGGGAAAAUUGAAUACAUUACAAUGCUUUAUGGAUGAUGUACAAUGGGCUUUAGAUGAAGGCCUCAAACAUAAACACGCCACUGACGCAGAAGUCACUGAUCGUAGUGAAGUACUGAUAACUACAGAUGUCACUGAUAAUGAUGUCAGUAAUAACGUUGAGGUACUAAGAACUGCAAAUGCCACUGAUAAUGGUGUACUGAAAACUAUAGAUGAGACCGACUUUGGUGUACUGAAAACUGCAGAUGUCACUAAUAAUUGCGAGGUAUACAUAAAUACCGAUUUCACUGAUAAUGGUCAAUUACUGACAACUAAAGAUGUCACUGAUAAUGUUAAAGUACUGAGAAAUGCAGACGUCACUGAUAAUGGUGCACUGAAAACUAAAGAUGUCUCUAAUAAUGGUAAAGUACUGAUAAAUACAGAUGUCAGUGAUAAUGGUGAAUUACUGAAAACUAUAUAUGUUACUGAUAAUGGUGCACUGAAAACUAAAGAUGUCUCUAAUAAUGGUAAAGUACUUAUAAAUACAGAUGUCACUGGUAAUGGCGAGGUACUGAUAAAUACAGAUGUCACUGAUAAUGGUGCACUGAAAACUAAAGAUGUCUCUAAUAAUGGUAAAGUACUGAUAAAUACAGAUGUCACUGAUAAUGGUGAAUUACUGAAAACUAUAUAUGUUACUGAUAAUGGUGCACUGAAAACUAAAGAUGUCUCUAAUAAUGGUAAAGUACUUAUAAAUACAGAUGUCACUGGUAAUGGCGAGGUACUGAUAAAUACAGAUGUCACUGAUAAUGGUGCACUGAAAACUAAAGAUGUCCCUAAUAAUGGUAAAGUACUGAUAAAUACAGAUGUCAAUGAUAAUGGUCAAUUACUGAAAACUAUAUAUGUCACUGAUAAUGGUGCACUGAAAACUAAAGAUGUCUCUAAUAAUGGUAAAGUACUGAUAAAUACAGAUGUCAAUGAUAAUGGUCAAUUACUGAAAACUACAUAUGUCCCUGAUAAUGGUGAAUUGAAAACUACAGAUGUCAAUGAUAAUGAAAUCAAUGAUAAUGGUCAAUUACUGAAAACUAUAUAUGUCGCUGAUAAUGGCGUAUUGAAAACUACAGAUGUCACUGAUAAUUCUGCACUGAAAACUACAGAUGUCAGUGAUAAUUAUGAGGUACAGAAAAAUACAGAUGUUAUUGAUAAUUGUCAAUUACUGAGAACUGCAUAUGUCCCUGAUAAUUCAGCACUGAAAACUACUGAUAUCAAUGAUAAUGAUGAGUGGAAAUAUAAGGAUAAAGCACUUUCUGAUAUUGUGUACGAAAUAAAAGAUAACGAUGAUCUGAUGAUUACAAAUGAGAUAUGCACACAUUUGAAUACAGAGAUGAAUGACAUAUCUGAAAGGAAUGAAACCCUUAAUGAUAUUUUGGGAAUUGAUGAAAUAAUUAGUGCUAGUGAAUAUGAAGAGGAUGACGAAGAUGAUGAUGAUAGAAAUUAUCUUUCAAAGAUGUUAGAGAAUUGGACUAAAUUUGAAGAUAAGAUAAGUGAAAGUAAUGCGAAAGAAGAUGAAGGACUUACUGUUAAUGUAUCAUUGGUUAAUAGAGGAACUCAAGAGGCAGAAGGUGAAAAGGUGUUGGAUUCUGACUGGGAUAAAGAGGAAGAAAUUAUUGAUGUUGUAACUGAUGGAUCUGAAUUCCUGAGAGACAAUAAAAAUCCAAAUAUCUACAUAAGACGGGUCUUAAAAUCAAAAGUAAAGAACAGAGUAUACAAUUCAGUCCAUUGUUGUCUAUUUUUCCAAAAACUUAUUCAACAUUUUAGGCCACAUUUGAAAGCAAAACAUUGUCAUAUCAAGAAAGUAGACAAUGCCUUUUCUGUCCAUGCAGCUGGAAAUGAAAAACCCUUGGAACUUUUGAGAGCUCAAGGAGAUGAUCUGAACAAUAGGAGAGUAAUAGAAAAUGGGUCAGGCGAAUUGCUGUUAUUUAGACGACCUUCAAAAAACUUAGACGCUUCUGAAUAUGGACCAUGUCCAAAUUGUUACGAAUGGAUAUCUAAGAACAAUAUUAAACGGCACCAGAUUAAGUGCAUGGGUAUAGACAAUGCACUUGGAAUACAAUCAAAGAGAAACCUACUCUUGCAAUCUGACAUCGCUUGUGGACGUUUCAAGUCAAAUGCAUCUGAAUUCCUAUGGAAAGAAGUUUUUUCAAUAAUGACAGUUGAUCUUAUAUCUGAAAUUGCACAAAAUGAUGUUUUGAUUGUGGCACUCGGUGAAUGUUGGUUAAGACAAAACAUUGAUAACGCACUGAAGAGGGCACAUUAUUCCUCCCAAAGAAUGCGGUUAGCUGCCCGGUUGUUGGUGGAGCUAAGAAAAUUGGUCGCAGAUACUGGUAAUGAAAAACACAUAUCUAUGUGGGAUUUUAUAAAACCAGAAUUUUUCCAUAUCAUGGCCCAAGCUGCAUUAGAAGUUGCUAUACCACUGAUUGAUGAUGAAGAUGAAUUAAAAUCUCCAUCAAAUUGCUUGAAACUGAAAUAUGACAUUCUGAGAUUGACAAAUUUUAAGUGGAGCUUUGUUGUUAAAGAACAAAACGAUAAGGAAAGAAAAGACUGUAAAACGUUUUUACAUCUGAUGUCACUUGAAUUCAAAGCAAGUCACCAAAUUGGCGUACACAGUUCUAAUGAAGAGACAAUUUACGAAAAGCAAAGAUAUUCCAGCACCGUCAAAUAUUGA